AUGCUAUUUGACUUCGAAUAUUGUGGAAAAUUCUAUAAAAGUCACCGACCAAGAACAGAUGAUCCCUCAAAACAGAAGACGAAAAGUAAGUGUUUUGAGUAUUACCUGACAGAUUUAAAUGGAAUUAAACACAGAGUCUGUCAAAAAUUCUUCUGUUUAACGUUGCACAUAACAUUUCCGGUAAUUAAAUUGGCAAUGAAAAAUUGUAAUGAAGCAGGAAUGUUUGUUGGUGUCGAUGGACGUUUAGGAAGAACGCCUCCAAAUAAAACGUCUGACAAAAUAAUAAAAGAGGUAAAAAAUCAUACACAAUAA